AGCGUAACAACUGACAGUCCUCGGCUGAAAAACAUCAUUCUCCUUCUCGGUUUCAAGUUUAAACGGUCGUUUUCAGCUACUAUUACUUAUGCUGCGAGAGAAAUAUGCUAGGAAUUCAUCCUCUGUUUUAUGUUCUUUAAGAUACAAAUGGUCAUUUUGCAAUUUCACCACCACCACGCCACCUCCCUCGCUGUUUCCAGCUGAGGAAGAUGCCGCCGUCUGCCUUUCCAACUUUAUCUUAAAGUUGGAUGCACAAGCUCUAUCCCAUAAUCUAGAAACUAGCUCAGUGUUUUGGACACCGGACUUGGUGAACAGAAUUCUUAAACGUUUGUGGAAUCAUGGACCGAAAGCCCUCCACUUUUUCAGGCUUCUUGAACAUCACCCGACGUAUGCUCAUACUGCAGCCUCGUUUGACCAUGCCAUUGACAUUGCAGCUCGAUUACGUGACUACAAGACUGUUUGGGCUUUUGUAGCCCGUAUGCAAAAACGGAGGCUUGGGCCGAACCCAAAAACGUUCGCAAUUAUUACUGAACGGUAUGUUUCCGCUGGAAAACCAGACAAAGCCGUUAAAGUUUUUUUGUCGAUGCAUGAAUAUGGCUGCCAACAGGAUUUGAAUAGCUUCAAUACGUUUCUUGAUGUUUUAUGCAAGUCAAGACGAGUGAAAAUGGCUUAUAAUUUGUUUAAGGCUUUAAAGAGAAGAUUUAGAGCAGAUACGAUUAGUUAUAACAUAAUUGCAAAUGGAUUUUGUUUGAUUAAGCGAACGCCUAGGGCAUUGGAGGUUUUGAGGGAGAUGGUUGUGAAUGGUCUAGAACCGACUCUCAAGACAUAUAAUGUGAUACUUAAUGGGUAUUUCAAGGCAGGUCAGUUAAAAGAAGCUUGGCGGUUCUUCUUGGAGAUGAAAAGGCGAAAAUGUGAGAUGGAUGUUGUUACCUACACGACAAUGGUUCAUGGCUUUGGGGUUGCAGGUGAAAUCGAAAAGGCACGGCAAGUGUUUGAUGAAAUGAUUGGAGCUGGGAUACUUCCAUCUGUUGCCACUUACAAUGCAUUUAUUCAAGUACUCUGUAAGAAAGACAACGUGGAAAACGCUAUUAUGGUGUUUGAGGAGAUGCUGAAGAGGGGUUAUACACCGAAUCCCACAACUUACAGUGUAGUGAUCCGAGGGUUGUGUCAUAGUGGGAAGAUGGACAAGGCAAUGGAGUAUCUGAAUAGGAUGCAACAUGAUGGAUGCAAACCGAAUGUUCAAACGUACAAUGUGAUCAUUAGAUAUUAUUGUGAUGAAGGUGAAAUCGAGAAAAGUCUGAAAGUUUUUGAGAGAAUGAGUAGUGGUGAAUGCUUGCCCAAUUUGGAUUCUUACAAUAUUUUGAUUAGUGGAAUGUUUGGGAGGAAGAAGUCGGAUGAUUUAAUGGUGGCUGGGAAAUUAUUGAUUGAAAUGGUGGAUAGAGGAUUCAUUCCUCGUAAAUUUACAUUCAAUCGAAUAUUGAAUGGCCUUUUGCUUACUGGAAAUCAAGAUUUUGCUAAACAGAUACUUAGAGCACAGAGCAGAUGUGGCCGUCUUCCUCGUCAUUUCAGAUUAUGAUGUAUGGUAUUGUUGCUGCAAUUCUCAUUAUUAAAUUAUAUAAUAUAUAAUAGACGAAGAAGUCUUUCACGAUAUAGCAGCAAAAGACUUGCCUCCAACCUGCUAUCAUUCUCAUAGGGUGGUUGACAACCAAGAAGUAUCUGGUGGCACAACGUAACUAAUUGAACAUUUUGGCUUCCUGAUGCAUGGCAUGGUUUAGGGAAAUUGUGAUGCAUCGUUUAUAUUGAAUGGUGCGGAUCGAAUAUCACAAGGAAUGGUCUAGACUACGCCGUCUUAACUGGGUCCACACUAGAGAGCCCCUUCAUCCAAAGGCAUGACAACAUAUUAGGGAAAACCUUCUUAGACUCGAACCUGGGUCUUCCCAAAUUCAAGCCCUCACAGAGGGACUUGCUUACCGCUGGGCUACUAACCCGUUGGUGUCAUACCAUUGUAUGUGACUCUAGAAAUUUGUAGUUGUGAAGAUAAAUUUUGGUACAAUCUUUAGCUGCCGACCACCAUCAGAUUUUUAGAAUGCAUCCUCUCCACAGUCCACAACAGAGCGGUUGCUCAUGUACAUAUAGACUGGAAAUGGAGCAUCAAUAGCAACCGGAAAUGGAGCAUCAUCGGGAAUCAGUUUGGUUUGGCUCACUUUAUCCAUGUUGCAGACUUCAGUCUAAACACUUUUUGGAUAGAAGCAUACAUAACGAGGCUGAACAUAGUGAGAUUGAAGGAAAAGAAGCAAGAACUUUCAUCAUCAUCCUCGGUCCUCAUAUUAGAACACUCGAGUCGCCUUCAAACGGAGUUAUGCUGAGGCUGGGAGGUAUAAAACAGAAGGGGCUGCACAAUACAUAUAAUUCUUCAUCUUAUUUACAAGUCUCGCGGCUCAACUGCUAAUUUCUUAUGCUAUCAUCCAGAUGAUAAGGUAUUCUGCACCUAACGUUUAUAUUUAUAUUUAUAUUUUUUGCACAAAAUUGCAACUUUGUUGAUGAAUAAAGAAUCCAUUGAAUAUGAAGGACAAGAAAAACACAAGUUAUCGCAACAGACUGAUAAUCAGGUAAUAAAUAAACUAAAAAUGACCAGAAAUAGACUACAAGAUUAAUAUGCACAAUAUCUAUCCAAGUUUUUUCAAUUGUUGCAUACAUGAACAAUAUGAGUGAAUAUAUAUGCAUUGAUGGCUUGAUCAUCUGUUUAUUUAUGGGUGCUUUUAUGAUACUUUUCUUUAAUCCAUUGUAACCCAAGUGUAGCUCCUUUUGUAACCUUCUUCAUCCCUGUUUUCGUCACUGCUUUUGACUUGCCGAAUCCUUCUCCAACCUUACUCUUAAUGCCACCAUUGCUACCGUUAUGAUUGUAGUACUCCGGCUGUGUAUCCCACUGAUCUGCCCAUGAAUUAUAACUGUUGUCUAGCGCCAUUCCCUUGCUCUUUUGUAUGGGAUGAUUCAAUUUAUCGAUACUCUGUUAUUCUAGAUAAUCCAAGUUAUGUAAUGGUUAGGGUGGAAGUAUAUGGUUUAUGAGGUAGACUUAAUGGACAAUCGAGUGGUGUGUUUAUGAAGAGUGAUGCCUAUUUAGUUUGAUUUGGAAAGUAUAUACAUAUAUAUAGUCGUAAAUUGGAUGUUGAAUUUCAA